AUGUCCAUGGCUUCUUUUGUGCAUCCCGUGCUGGCCAUGCUGGCUGCUCUGCUCGGAGGACUUUCAGCUGCUUCCGAUCCCGAGGCUGACCCCUACUUUCCUGUGUUUCAUGUGCGGCCACCUGAAAAUUGGAUCAACGAUCCCAACGGGCCCUUCCGCGACCCCAGAACUGGCCUAAUCCAUCUGUGGAUGCAAUACAACCCCGGCGGUGCAAACUGGGGGAAUAUGUCUUGGUACCACGUCGUGAGCUGGGACGGCGUCACUUGGGAGCACGUGGGCGUGACGGAAGCCCUGAGGUUCAAUCCUUCCAAGUACCCAUACGCGGAUGCCGGGUUUUACUCCGGCUCGGUGACCUUGGUGAAUGGCAGCCAUCCGAUCAUUGCCUACACCUGUGCAGGCACAAAAGCUCAACUCCAGUGUUUGGCGUGGCCCAAGAACACUUCCGACCCGAUGCUGAUCGAGUGGCAGGAAGAUCCCGACAACCCGGUCAUCGCUUCAGUGCCACCAGGUGGCCUGAGCAUCACGAUCUUCCGAGACCCUACGACUGCAUUGUGGGAUGAGAGGCGCCAGCUCUACCUCAUGCACCUAGCGACCAGCUUGAAGGGUGCGGGUGGCGAGGCAGCCGGUGCACCGGUAGCUGCAGUGGUUGGCUACUCGGCCGACUCUUCGUUUCGGAGGUGGAGCUUUGACAGCAUACUGCUUCAAGAGAACUAUGUGCCGCGGGGAAUGUUUGAGUGCCCCGACUUCUUUAACCUGCAACCUACAGAAGCUGACGACAUCAUGAGCCCUGCUGGCAUUUGGGUUUUGAAGUUGUCCAUGAUGGUCGUCACGUUGGAUUUCUACUGGCUCGGUCUCUUUGACUGGGAGAGCAGGGAGUUUGUCCGGAUGGGCAGCGCAGUCCCACUGGAUUAUGGAAACUACUAUGCCUCCAAGUCCUUCUUCGACCCUGUCAUGAACAGGCGUAUCAUAUUCGGAUGGGUCCGGGAGUAUGGGUUAUCAAAUGGAAAGUGGGCCGGUCUGCAGGCACUUCCGCGAGUCAUGGAAUACGACUCCCAGUACCGCACCCUCCGAGUAUACCCGCUUCCCUCGCUGGAUGGCUUGCGCCAGGAGACCCUCUACCAUUCGGCGGUUCCGCAAGUGCUUUCCGCUACCAGCCCUUUGAAUCUUGUGAAGCCGGGAGGCUCCCAGCAACAAGAAAUCAUCGCCACCAUUACGUUCCCGCAGGACCUCUUUGACAUUGAGCCUGAGGCGUUCCUUGGGCUUCGCAUCCGCGAAGUGUCCGCAACGCAAUACGCCAGUGUUGGCCUGACUUCGAACCCUCUUGGUGGGCAGAUCCUGAACACGACAGACAUCCCUGGAAUUGACUACAUGAACUUCCCGAUGAGUCCACAUGCACCUGACGCUGCAAAUGCCCAAAACUGUUCCGACUUUUGCUUGAACGACUUGCGAUGCGUGGCCUGGACAUACGUGCUUCCUGGACAGACGCGCGCGAGCGAGAGCGGCAGGACUGCCGACGCCACCCCAAGCUGUGCCCUCAAGACGUUUGCAACCGCUGCCCAGCGCAAGACCUCGGCCUGCUGCGUCUCGGGCUUCGUGAAGUCGCCUCUGUUGAUACUGGACACCUCCUCCUCGGGAACGCAAGGGGCGAAAUUCACGACAGGAGGCCGUGCCCGGGUGAUGCCUGACCCGGACGUCGCGGGGAGGGCACGCGUGUCCCUGCACGUCUUUAACGAUGGCUCCGUGACCGAGAGCUUCAAGGAUCAGGGCCUUGAGCGGCUCACCGCGCGCCUGUACAUCCCGGAGAUGGACUCAGCAGGCGUCUCGGUGGUGGCGAAGGGCACCGAGCAAGCGACCUUGGAGACCGCGGAGGUCUACGCGCUGGGCACCAUCUGGGACAAGCAGUCCAGCCAGCAGUACCCGUAUUUCCUCUGA